UCAUUCAUAUUCAUUUACCAAGAAUCGGGUCACCUAUUCUUAGUUCUGGCCCUGUAACAUCUUCGCGGUGUGUGCGUGUGACUGUCGCUUCUUCGCUCUCUCCCAUUCAUUCUUUCAUAGUCAACCUGUUCGUUUUCUCUCCCUCCCACCGUGUGGAAUUUCGUUUAACAUGACCGAUGUUUUAAAUUAUGAAUUUAAUCCGGAUGAGGAUUAUUACAAAAUACUCGGAUGUCACCAGCUUUCCACGAUAGAGCAAAUCAAUGCAGAAUAUAAAGCACGUGUUUUGUCCUGUCAUCCAGACAAACAUCCCGAUGACCCACAAGCUGCAAAGAGAUUUAUACUACUACAAAUUGCUAAAGAUGUACUUUCAUGUCCAGGAAGCAGGAAGAAAUAUGACCAGUGGCUUAAUUCUGGCUUAGCUAUAUCUUUUAAGGAAUGGUGCUCUAUGAAUGACAAGACACACUCUUCAAUGCACUGGGCGAGUACAAAACCUAAACCUUUUCAAGUGAAGAACAAUGAAGAAGAUGAAUGUCCAGCUAAACUUGAGAAGUGUCCACAAUGGCACAAAAGAGAUGACUGUCCAAUGCUUGAAAAAUUCCGUAACUAUGAGAUUUAACCAACCUAUUAUUUUAUUUUAUAUACCAACCAAUUAUUUUAUUCUCUAGAAUGAAUUUUGGGUUUUAUUAUUUCACAGAAGAGAUGAAAAUAUGUUUCCUAUUGAAGACGGAAUUUUUUUAUUUUCAUUUAUGGCCUUAUUAGAUAGCUCAAUAUAAUUUAGAUUUGAAGUUUUGUUCUCUAAUAUAAUUUUACUUCUGUAAACAUUGUACUUGACAAUCACAGAACAGCUUUAAAAUGACUUUAUUGUGUAUAUUUCAUUAAGAUAUGUUUAUUGAAAAACAUUUGCUUCAAAGCUUUUGAAAAGAAAUUAAAUAAAACACACUCCAAAAGCCAAUGAAGGGGCUUCUUUCCAGGGUUUCUCAGGGUGGAGUGCAUGCCCCUGACCUGUUUUUGGUGGGGCAUGGAUUAUUUCAAAAAAGGGGAUCAUGAAAAAAGUGAACAAAACAUGCAAUAGCUUUAAUUAAAACUACAUCUAUACAUACCUGAUAUAUGCUGUGCUGGAUUCUAUUUCUUUUAUUUAAAAAAAAAUAUAGAACUAUUGUUCUAGUCAGUCAUUGAACUGCUAGAAACAGCAGGCAAGUAUUCCCCCAGUCACACUACCAUCUUGGAUAGUGUAGUUGUUGGAAGACUGUUAAUCACAGGAUUGCACGAUAAUGGCUAACCUCGAUCUAAAUGUUAAAUGUUUAAAAGUAAAGUGUGAUGGCUAAGUUUUGGAAAUUAUUACUACAGCUGCAUACACUUCUACGGUGAUCAUUAUAUACGUAUAUUACAUCUUGUAUCAAGAUUAUAGCUUCAACAUUUUAUUCGGAAAUAAAAAUUAUGAUGUUGCCA